UCAGGUUGGGCAGACGGUGAGGGAAGCGGAGCUGCUCGGGGUGCAGGGUUAGAGGGCCUCCGCGAGGGGCUCCGAGGGGAGCGGGGCUCAGAGCUCGCGGACCCCGCGGGGGCAGGCGGGCGGGGAGCGGGCCGGGGGCGGAGCUCCGAGUCCGGGGCCGCGGCGGCUGCCCAGAGGGUCUGCGGGGGCUGCUGUGGCCAGGCCCGAGGGCGGGCGCCUCUCCGGGACCCGGACCUUGGAACCGGGAGCGGGGACCCGCGCGCCGUCUUAGCUAAGCUGAGAGCCCAUCCUCGCGGGGACCCACAGCCCACGGGCCGGCGCUGUCCCAGGUGAGGAAGCCCAGGCCUGGGCGCCAGAAAGGCUCGCAGCAGUCUCUACAUGAUGUGGCUUCUAAAGAGUCAAGGACCAUCCACCUUCCUAGUUUGCAAUGGAAACGGCAGAAAUGGAAAUUCAAACACCACGACUUCCAUUCUGUUAUUAAUCACUCUGUAGGCAUGUGCCCCCACCGCAAGGAGUGAACUGCACCAAACUUCAGCACUUCUUGUCUCUCCCCCUGGAGAGGAAGCAGAACUAUGGCGCUUUAUAGCUGCUGUUUGAUCCUCUUGGCAUUUACCUGGCACACUUCUGCCUAUGGGCCCGACCAGCGAGCUCAGAAGAAAGGGGACAUUAUCCUCGGGGGACUCUUUCCUAUUCAUUUUGGAGUAGCAGCCAAAGAUCAAGAUCUAAAGUCAAGGCCAGAGUCGGUGGAAUGUAUCAGGUACAAUUUUCGGGGGUUUCGCUGGUUACAAGCUAUGAUAUUUGCCAUAGAGGAAAUAAACAGCAGCCCGGCCCUUCUUCCCAACAUGACGCUGGGAUACCGGAUAUUCGACACUUGCAACACCGUUUCUAAAGCCUUGGAGGCCACCCUGAGUUUUGUGGCCCAGAACAAAAUUGAUUCUUUGAACCUUGAUGAGUUCUGCAACUGCUCACAGCACAUCCCCUCUACCAUUGCUGUGGUGGGUGCAACCGGCUCGGGCAUCUCCACAGCCGUGGCAAACCUGCUGGGGCUCUUCUACAUUCCCCAGGUCAGUUAUGCCUCCUCCAGCAGGCUCCUCAGCAAUAAGAAUCAGUUCAAGUCCUUCCUGCGUACCAUCCCCAAUGAUGAGCACCAGGCCACCGCCAUGGCAGACAUUAUUGAAUAUUUCCGCUGGAACUGGGUGGGCACCAUUGCAGCUGAUGAUGACUAUGGCCGGCCAGGGAUUGAGAAAUUCCGAGAAGAAGCUGAGGAGAGGGACAUCUGCAUUGACUUCAGUGAACUCAUCUCCCAGUACUCUGAUGAGGAAGAGAUCCAGCAGGUAGUAGAGGUAAUCCAGAAUUCCACAGCCAAAGUCAUCGUCGUCUUUUCCAGUGGCCCAGACCUUGAACCCCUCAUCAAGGAGAUCGUUCGGCGCAAUAUCACGGGCAGGAUCUGGCUGGCCAGUGAGGCCUGGGCCAGCUCUUCUCUGAUCGCCAUGCCGGAGUACUUCCAUGUGGUCGGAGGCACUAUUGGAUUUGGUCUGAAAGCUGGGCAGAUCCCAGGCUUCCGGGAAUUCUUGCAGAAAGUCCAUCCCAGGAAAUCUGCCCACAAUGGUUUUGCCAAGGAGUUUUGGGAAGAAACAUUUAACUGCCACCUCCAAGAAGGUGCUAAAGGACCAUUACCCAUGGACACCUUCCUGAGAGGUCAAGAAGAAGGUAGUGGCAGGAUAAGCAACAGCUCCACUGUCUUCCGACCUCUCUGUACAGGGGAUGAGAACAUCAGCAGUGUUGAGACCCCUUACAUGGAUUAUACACACUUACGGAUAUCCUACAAUGUCUACUUAGCCGUCUACUCCAUUGCUCAUGCCCUGCAAGAUAUAUACACGUGCUUACCUGGGAGAGGGCUCUUCACCAACGGUUCCUGUGCUGACAUCAAGAAGGUGGAGGCUUGGCAGGUCCUGAAGCACCUACGUCACCUAAACUUUACCAACAAUAUGGGGGAACAGGUGACUUUUGAUGAAUGUGGUGACUUGGUGGGGAACUAUUCCAUCAUCAACUGGCACCUCUCUCCAGAGGAUGGCUCCAUUGUGUUUAAGGAAGUUGGAUAUUACAACGUCUAUGCCAAGAAAGGGGAAAGGCUCUUCAUCAAUGAGAAGAAAAUCCUGUGGAGUGGGUUCUCCAGAGAGGUGCCUUUCUCCAAUUGCAGCAGAGUUUGCCUGGAAGGGACCAGGAAGGGAAUCAUUGAGGGGAAGCCCACCUGCUGCUUUGAGUGCGUGAAGUGUCCUGAUGGGGAGUACAGCGAUGAGAUAGAUGCAAGUGCCUGCGACAAGUGCCCGGAUGACUUCUGGUCCAGCGAGAACCACACUUCCUGCAUCGCCAAGGAGAUCGAGUUUCUGUCCUGGACGGAGCCCUUUGGGAUCGCGCUCACCCUCUUCGCGGUGCUGGGCAUUUUCCUGACGGCCUUCGUGCUGGGGGUCUUCAUCAAGUUCCGCAACACGCCCAUCGUCAAGGCCACCAACCGAGAGCUCUCCUACCUCCUCCUCUUCUCCCUGCUCUGCUGCUUCUCCAGCUCCUUGUUCUUCAUCGGGGAGCCCCAGGACUGGACCUGCCGCCUGCGCCAGCCGGCCUUCGGCAUCAGCUUCGUGCUCUGCAUCUCCUGCAUCCUGGUGAAAACCAACCGCGUCCUCCUGGUGUUCGAGGCCAAGAUCCCCACCAGCUUCCACCGCAAGUGGUGGGGGCUCAACCUGCAGUUCCUGCUGGUCUUCCUCUGCACCUUCGUGCAGAUCGUCAUCUGUGUGAUCUGGCUCUACACCGCGCCGCCCUCCAGCUACCGCAACCACGAGCUGGAGGAUGAGAUCAUCUUCAUCACCUGCCACGAGGGCUCGCUCAUGGCGCUGGGCUUCCUGAUCGGCUACACCUGCCUGCUGGCCGCCAUCUGCUUCUUCUUCGCCUUCAAGUCCCGGAAGCUGCCGGAGAACUUCAACGAAGCCAAGUUCAUCACCUUCAGCAUGCUCAUCUUCUUCAUCGUCUGGAUCUCCUUCAUCCCGGCCUACGCCAGCACCUACGGCAAGUUCGUCUCUGCCGUGGAGGUGAUCGCCAUCCUGGCGGCCAGCUUCGGCUUGCUGGCCUGCAUCUUCUUCAACAAGGUCUACAUCAUCCUCUUCAAGCCGGCCCGCAACACCAUCGAGGAGGUGCGCUGCAGCACCGCGGCGCACGCCUUCAAGGUGGCGGCCCGGGCCACGCUGCGCCGCAGCAACGUCUCCCGCAAGCGGUCCGGCAGCCUCGGGGGCUCCACGGGGUCCACCCCCUCCUCCUCCAUAAGCAGCAAGAGCAACAGCGAGGACCCCUUCCCGCAGCCCGAGAGGCAGAAGCCCCAGCAGCCGCUGGCCCUGCCCCAGCAGGAGCCGCCGCCGCAGCCGCCGCCGCCCUCGGCCCUGCAGCCGCAGCAGCAGCCCAGAUGCAAGCAGGUCAUCUUCGGCAGCGGCACCGUCACCUUCUCGCUGAGCUUUGACGAGCCUCAGAAGAGUGCCGCGGCUCACAGGAAUUCCACGCACCAGAACUCCCUGGAGUCCCAGAAAAGCAACGACACCCUGACCAGGCACCAGGCGUUACUCCCGCUGCAGUGCGGGGAGCCGGACUCAGAACUGACCGCCCAGGAGACAGGCCUGCAAGGGCCUGUGGGUGGAGACCGCCAGCCAGAGGCAGAGGACCCCGAAGAGAUGUCCCCAGCUCUGGUCGUGUCCAACUCCCGGAGCUUCGUCAUCAGCGGUGGAGGCAGCACUGUCACAGAGAACAUACUGCACUCCUGAAAUGGAAGGAGAAGGCCCGUCCAGGGAGGAUCCAGAGAGCUCCUGGGAUCCAUACACUCUCCCACAGGGGUGAGGGACUGCUCCCAACUCCUUGCCUCUGAGGAAGGAGGAAUAAUAGACAUGCCAGACGCCUGGAACUUAGCUGCACUGUUUUAUAUGGCAGUGAGUUGACUAAUGUUCCCUUUAAAAUUUAAAAAAAGAAGAGCCGUGUGCUUCUGUGGUUGGAUUCGUCAGAGCACUGAGUCGCCAUGGUCAGAUUUGCUGUUCAUGUCUCUUCUUUUGUUCUCUUCUUCUGUUCUAGCUGACCCAGCAGCCCAGAGAGGGAACCAGGCUUUAAACCAAUCACUUACCCUCCACCUACCCCCUCUCUUCUUUGUUCUUUUCUUUCCUACUGACAUGACCGCCCUGAGCAUUGCGGACAGCCUGGCCCAGGGACAGUGUGCAGCGGCAGGACAUCAUCUUGGCCACCACUGGAGUGAAGAGUCUCAAAGGCAGGAUGUCACCAGUGUUGCCCAGCACCUUGACAGGGGAAGAACUUUACAUGUUCAAAACCGUAGGUGAAUGUGUCCCUUCCUAUUUAUGGAAGCCAUAAGGUGUGUGGUCUUCUACUUGCUGCUGCUGUCAUGCGGCACCUAGAAAGUUAGCUCUCCUCCUGUACCAGUGCACCUGGUUUCAUGCAGCAUGUGACCGUGAUGCCACGCUUAGAUUCCCGGAGGAUAAAGAACCACCUCAAAUUGUUGGGAGGGGACUGCAUAACUCCACUGAGCUGUAUCUGAAAUUAAUAUUGCUCUAGGUACCUUUCUCCUUAAGAAAAUGCUUCUGUUGUCACAGUCCAUGGACAAUAUAAACUGAAAAAAGUCACAGUUUGGCUUAUAUAAGGCAGUAUUACUGAGCUCCGUAUUCCUUGCCCACCCCCCCACCCCCACCCCAUAAGCUAAGCCCUAUGUGAGCCCUUUCCGGGCCCCAGGAGUCCAGAAUCUGCACCCAUCCUUGCCCCAAAGGCUUCCUGAAGCCAGAUUUAUCCUUGUGCCUGUGGAGAAUAAGCUCUCAGUCAUUAGUCCCCUACCAGUUGCUGGGGUGAGACAGUGUGGUUUCAAGAGAGCUCUCACAAGGCAUUAGCCUGGCCCUCCACCCCCCAAAUGCCAUACCAUGUUCCCUCCAGCAGUGGCAGCCUGCCCAUGGGUAGUUAAAGGGGUUGAAUGGCAUACAGCCGAGAUGUCAGGCUCUAAACAGAGAAACCUAGGUUCAAGCCCUGGGUUGGCCACUUAUCAGUUGGGUGACUAUAGACCAGGAACGCUGGCCUUGGUGAGCCCCAGCUUCUUUGUCUCCAAAAUGGGGAUAAUAAUCAUCCUUUUCCCUCAGAGCUCUUAUGUGGAUUAAAUAAGAUAAUGUAUGGGUCUCUCUCUCUCUCUCUCUCUCUCUCUCUCUCUCUCUCUCUCUCUCUCUCUUUCCCUCUCCCUCUCCCUCUCCCUCUCUGUCUAGCACACCCAUGCCUUUCCCUACCCUCUUCCCCAGGCAUGUUUUCCUUGCCUCUCUUUCUCCUAAGCUCCAGGGGCCCUUCUUUUGCCUCUGCCACUUGUUUCCUGAGCCCAUUUCUUCUAGGCUCACUUCUUCUACCUC